AUGGCAAAAACAGUGAUCGCAAAUUCUAUAGAUUUCCACAAGCGUGUUGGAAACGGAACAACGAAUGAAGUGGAUAAUCGCUGUCAAGAGAAAAAAUUACCAAAUGAUAUCGAAAAUGACAUACAGCACAAACUAAUGGGUUCUAUUGGGAAAAUAAAAAUGGUACCUGGAUGUCCGCCUUCAAGAUUGGAUUGUCAGGGAAAGCUGAAAGAUGCUGGAAACACUUUACUCAAGCAAGAUGGUAAAGAAAAGCCUAAUUCUAGUAAUGAUACUGUAGAACCAAAGUUAGAUGAAACUAUAAAAUGUCAAAGUCUCGUAACAAUUAAAGAGGCGGGAAGUUUGUUAAGAACCCCUAAGGAUAGUAAUAAUGUCGGGCGGUUCAUUACUAUUGCACCCAUCGAUAACCAAACAAACAAGAAUAAUUUUGUGAGCAAUCCAGUUAAAACAGUACGCGACAACAAUCAUAUAGACAGUAUUCCAUGUCAUUAUUGCAAGAAUCCAAUUCCAGGGUUUGUGUACUCCUGCCUCGAGUGCGAAUAUCACAUGUGCCACUUAUGCAACAUUGAUAGUGUACAUGCACAUCACUAUGUUUUGAGAGGCCCCUUUGGCAGGAAUAGUGUAGAAGUGGCAAAAGUCAAAAAGAAGGUUAUGCAAAUUCUAAAGCCUGCGGACAUGGAAGUAGGAUCUGAUUUAAAUAAUACAACUCUUCCAAUAGAAGAUAACAUAAAAGAAGAAAAGGACCUAGAUUUUGAUAUGGAGAUAAAGACUGAAAUAAAGAUAGAGGAACAUGACCCUUUAGCUCAAUUAGGUAUGGAACAGAGAAGUAGCAUGUUUGUAGACUCCUUGAGUGAUACAAACGUCAGUAUUCUUCCGGAGUAGAUAUAUAAUGAGAUGUGACGUCACGUGCGAAGAAACCAAAGCGUUAACAACGGCAUGCUCUUACAUCAUAUCUGAAUAAAACCGCACCAUUCAGUAUAGAAGACUGGAAGCAUGGAAUUAUCUUCCAAUUUUGUUAUUUAAUUUUAGCCCUUUUUAUAAUUAGUUAUUAAAGUUUUUUUAAGUU